UGAGACAGCACUGCAUAUUGUAGCCCAGACGCAAACUUGUGUCAGAUUGGAAGCAUGAUGAAUUCUGUCACGUUGAUCUACAUUUUGUUGGAGGUGUUCAUUGCUGUUUGCUGCUGUCUUGGUAAUAUUUUGGUUAUUUUGGCGCUUUGGACCUGUAAGUGCAUUAAGCAGCCGACCUUCUGCCUGAUUGUGUCUCUGGCUGUGGCUGACUUAAUGGUCGGAUGUGUGGCCAUACCAUUGGCUGUGGUGGCGGCUGUAGGACUGUGGACUUCAUUCUAUGGCUGCCUCUUCCUCAGCUGUGUGGUCAUCCUGUUUACUCUGGUAUCCGUUUUGUGUCUUGUCGCUAUCGCAGUGGAUCGAUUCCUCCGUGUCUACAUCCCGCUCAGGUACAAAAGGACAGUAACACAGAUACAUUCCAGACGUGUGGUAGCAGCAUGCUGGCUUGUUGCAAUACCACUGAGCUUUGCUCCCAUGCUUGGAUGGUACAAACAUCCGACCUCAUCCAACACAACAACCACCUCUGCUAUGAUCUGCCAGUUUACAGCUGUUAUCCCCAUGUCCUAUCUGGUUUACUUCAACUUUUUUCUGUGCACCCUGACACCUCUGUUGGUGAUGACUGCAUUGUACGGAUACGUCUUCUAUACAAUCAGAGGAAACCUCCGAGAGAGACCAGGCAACGGGGCCCAGCAACAGUGUCAGAACUACCUGAAGAAAGAGAACGAGCUGGCACAAUCUCUGUCUCUGGUCCUGGCUCUGUUCGCCCUGUCCUGGCUCCCUCUCCACAUCAUGAACUGCAUUGUUCACUUUGAUGUGGAGAUUCAUGUACCAGGCACAGCUUUUUAUGUUGGCAUCCUGCUUUCUCACGCAAACUCAGCUGUAAACCCAGUUGUGUAUGCGUUCAAAAUACCAAAGAUCAAGAUUGCGUACCUGGCGCUUUGGAGACAGCUAACUGCAUGUGGAAAAGAAAUCCAAGGGUCUCAGACAAGCCAGACAACAGACAAUAAUCUAAGUAGUAACACGAACAGUGAAGCCAAAAAUAAGUGCACACAUCUUGGGUUGCAGAACAAGCAGCAGGUGUGUAAAGUAGACUUUGUUGUUUAACAAUAAAAGCUCCUCUAAUCAAUUCCUGCCAUCAUUUCUGAAAGGAAAAGCCAACAAAUAUUCUGAUUCUCCUGCAAGAGGACCCCAGUGAAAUCAGUGAAUGAGAAAUACAAGCUAAUAGACAAGGUAUGGUGAGUGCAAAGGUUGAUAACUUGAUCAUACUGUAAGUGCUAACAUGAGGGUGCUAAAAUCACUCACUUUAAACAGCUGAAGCACAGUCUUAUUGGACCAUCUGUUAGCACAAUAAGCUUCACAGUAAUCCAUAUGUUCUAUAUCCAAAUAAAUAGCACCAAAACGACAACCGGGCCAUUUGCAUUGUGUUUUUUUUUUGCCACAGAGGCUGCGCUUGUUUGAUGUCAAAAAGACAUUAAACUUAACCUAAAAAGAUGAUAUUCUCUACAUUUCUAUGGUUAACAAAUCUAUGCAUGUGCACUGAAAGAUCUGUAAGGUUCAAGCACGUGUGUGUGUUUGUGUAUAUAGUUGGGUGAUAAUGUGUGUGUUUGUAUUACAAAAAACUUCCUUGGAGAGGAGAAGGGCAACUUCAACUCGUCUCAAAGUUUAGUCUGACACUGAGUUUCAUAUCACUGUUUUUUUUUUUU